UCAUCAUCCCAAAUUUCAAGAAAUGCCGGAUUGUGGACAACCUUCCACUUCAGGACCGUCACAGCAGUUCAGUCCAUCUAGACCUUCAUUUGAAGGGGUGUUUCAACCUAGACAAGCUUCCUCUUCUGGACCGUCACGGCCAAGAACACGAACCAGAGGGCGCAGAAAUAAAAAGCGGCACCAUCAGGAAAAUGAAAGUGGAUAUGGAAAUAAUCCUAUUGAGGAAAUUGCACUUUGUGAAAAUGAGCCAGAAAGCAACACAAUUCCAGAACCAAGCAGGUAUGUUUUAAAUACUGGAAAACCUUCACCCAGUCAUGUUCAAUGCCUCGUAAACCUUUACCAAUUCAAGUGUUCAGUAUCUGGGAAACAUUGA